AUAGGAUUUAUGCUAAUUUAAGCCUUAAAUGGAUUAUCGCGCAAUGAUUCGCUUACAAAAGUGUAUAUAUUUCAAUCAAUAUAUUUAUGCUAUUUGGUUUAUUGUUAUAAUAUUCUUCCUUUAUGUAAAGCUUGAUAAGUUGGAUCAUCUAUCUAAAUAUUUGUCUGUUACAACAUUUGUGUUGCUUUUUAUAAUAGAAGUCACAAGACUAUAUUUGGCUCAUUAUGGAAAUUUGUCAUCUAGAGUACCUGAGUUGGCAGGAUUUCUAAUGCUCACCAUAUUGAUGCAAAUGCCACUUGUUUCAUUUUUCGUUUUCAAUCCAUAUCUGUUAAGUACACAUACAGAAUAUGUACUACAUAUUUCUUUGUGGUUGAUAACUAUAUUAGAAAUAAUAUUUGGGUUCUUAGCUUUAAAACAUGCAUCAUCAGUUGCUAAAAGCAUUUAUUUGUCACAUUCCAGACAGGUGAAAUAUUAAAAUUAA